AGCACUAUCUCAUACACUGGGUCCAUCAAUGCUGGUGGCGAUAGCUUGAUCGCUCUAUACGGUUGGACCACUGGACCCCUCGUUGAGUAUUACGUCAUUGAGACCUACGGCACUUACAAUCCUGGUAGUGCUGGAACUCAUCUCGGCACCGUCACUUCCGAUGGCGGUGUCUACGACAUCUACGAGACCACUCGUACCAAUGCCCCUUCGAUCCAAGGAACUGCCACAUUCCACCAGUACCUCUCCGUCCGCCAAAGCAAGCGUACCAGUGGCACUAUCACUUUCCAGAACCACAUCAACGCCUGGAAGUCUCACGGCUUGAACCUUGGUGCCUACAACUACCAGAUCAUGGCAACUGAGGGCUACCAGAGCAGUGGCUCUUCCAGCAUCACCCUCCACUAG